AUGAAACAUAUUUAUGUCAUAAUAGAAAACCCACAAAAUGCUGUAACUCAUGCUAAAAAAGAUUUGAAGAAGUUGCUAAUAAAAAAACGAAUCUUGGUGCAAUUGGAAAUACAGAUCUAUUAGCUUCUCAAGAGAAUAAUGGUUAUGUAUUCAUCCUAGAUAAUAAUCCAAUUCAUAGAAACACAAGAAUUAAAAAAAAAUUCCCGAAGUGAAUAUAACAUUUCUACCUCCCAAUUCUCCUCAAAUGAACCCUAUAGAGAUGUUGUGGCAUAACCUAAACAAAUUGGAAUUAAAAAUGUAUUGAAGAAUGUGUCUUAAAUAGCAUGA